AAGUGGUGUCAACCCGGCGGCUUUCCCGGGAGUUCAGCGUUCGCUGCAGGUGAAGUAGUUUUCCUGGACCGGUGCUGGCUCCGGUCCCGACCAGUGCUAGUGCAAAGGCCCGGGGAUCUGGGAACUCGAACUCGUGCGGGCCCAGGGCGACAGGAGAGGAGCUGGAGGUGACGCUGCUGGGUGUCCGGAGUCCCGAGGGUGCUUGCUCUCCCAGUUGCUCACCCCCAGCUCUGGUUCUUGGACGUUUGUUUCUGCGCUCCUCCCACAACUCCCCAGGUCCUGCGUUUGAAGGAAGACCCCUCACAGAAAACAUUCUCCUCGCCGGCUACCGUUCACGCCCAGCGACUUUUGAGUUGGCCACAGGCCUGGGGUUUUUCGUCUUAACUUGCUGACCCAGAGGUGCUGGUCAUUAUGGGAAAUCAACUUGCUGGCAUUGCUCCUUCCCAGAUUCUCUCUGUAGAGAGUUAUUUCUCAGAUAUCCAUGACUUCGAAUAUGAUAAGAGCUUGGGAAGUACUCGGUUUUUUAAAGUUGCUCGAGCAAAGCACCGGGAAGGCCUGGUAGUUGUGAAGGUCUUUGCAAUACAAGAUCCCACGUUGCCGUUAACUAGUUACAAACAAGAGCUGGAGGAACUGAAAAUCAGGCUUCAUUCCGCACAGAACUGCUUACCUUUCCAGAAAGCAGCAGAGAAAGCGUCCGAGAAAGCAGCCAUGCUGUUUAGGCAGUAUGUGAGAGACAACCUCUACGAUCGCAUCAGUACCCGUCCAUUCUUAAACAACAUAGAGAAGCGCUGGAUCGCGUUCCAGAUCCUGACGGCUGUGGACCAGGCACACAAAUCUGGAGUCCGACAUGGCGACAUCAAGACAGAGAAUGUGAUGGUCACCAGUUGGAACUGGGUUCUUCUCACUGAUUUUGCCAGCUUUAAGCCCACUUAUCUUCCAGAGGACAAUCCAGCGGAUUUCAACUAUUUCUUUGAUACAUCACGCAGGAGGACUUGCUAUAUUGCUCCUGAACGUUUCGUUGACGGUGGUAUGUUUGCCACCGAGCUAGAAUAUAUGAGAGAUCCCUCAACUCCCCUUGUAGACCUAAAUAGCAAUCAGCGAACACGGGGAGAAUUGAAGAGAGCCAUGGACAUCUUUUCAGCAGGUUGUGUGAUAGCUGAGCUUUUCACGGAAGGGGUCCCACUGUUUGAUCUCUCUCAACUCUUGGCCUAUAGAAAUGGACAUUUUUUCCCUGAACAAGUGCUAAAUAAAAUUGAAGACCGCAGUAUCAGAGAAUUGGUAACUCAGAUGAUCCACCGUGAGCCGGAAAAGCGUUUGGAGGCGGAGGAUUACCUGAAGCAGCAGCGUGGCAAUGCUGUCCCUGAGAUAUUUUAUACUUUCCUUCAGCCUUACAUGGCUCAGUUCGCCAAGGAAACCUUCCUCUCUGCAGAUGAGCGGAUUUUGGUUAUACGGAAAGAUUUGGGUAACAUUAUUCACAAUCUCUGUGGACAUGAUUUACCUGAGAAAGCAGAAGGGGAACCCAAGGAAAGUGGGCUGGUUGUCUUGGUGUCCGUCAUAACGUCCUGCCUGCAGACCCUGAAGUCCUGUGACUCCAAACUGGCUGCCUUGGAGCUCAUUCUGCACUUGGCCCCAAGGCUGAGUGUGGAGAUCCUUCUGGAUCGAAUUACUCCAUACUUGUUGCAUUUCAGCAAUGACUCUGUUCCCCGAGUGAGGGCCGAAGCCCUGAGGACGCUCACCAAAGUUCUUGCCCUUGUCAAAGAGGUUCCCCGGAAUGAUGUCAAUAUCUAUCCGGAGUACAUUCUCCCAGGCAUAGCCCACCUGGCCCAAGAUGAUGCUACUAUCGUCAGACUGGCCUAUGCUGAGAACAUCGCUCUAUUGGCUGAAACAGCUCUGCGGUUCCUGGAACUAGUGCAGCUAAAAACUCUCAACAUGGAGAACGACCCGGAUAGUGAAGAGGUAGAUGAAGCCACACAGCCAAAUGGAGACUACGACACAGAGCUCCAAGCCUUACAUGAAAUGGUCCAGCAGAAGGUUGUUACUUUGUUAAGUGACCCUGAGAACAUUGUGAAACAAACCCUAAUGGAGAAUGGAAUCACACGUUUGUGCGUCUUCUUUGGGCGCCAGAAAGCCAACGAUGUUUUGUUGUCCCACAUGAUCACUUUCCUGAAUGAUAAGAAUGAUUGGCACCUGCGUGGAGCUUUCUUUGACAGCAUAGUUGGUGUUGCUGCCUAUGUUGGCUGGCAGAGCUCCUCCAUCCUCAAACCCCUGCUCCAGCAAGGCCUCAGUGAUGCUGAGGAGUUUGUCAUUGUGAAAGCUCUCAAUGCCCUGACCUGCAUGUGCCAGCUAGGGCUGCUGCAGAAACCCCAUGUCUAUGAGUUCGCCAGUGAUAUUGCUCCCUUCCUGUGUCACCCUAAUCUGUGGAUACGUUAUGGCGCAGUGGGAUUUAUCACAGUGGUAGCUCAUCAAAUAAGUACUGCCGAUGUCUACUGCAAGCUGAUGCCUUAUCUAGACCCAUAUAUUACCCAACCAGUAAUCCAGAUUGAAAGGAAGCUUGUCCUGCUCAGUGUUCUAAAAGAGCCGGUGUGCCGCUCUAUAUUUGAUUAUGCCCUGAGGUCCAAAGACAUCACUAGCUUGUUCAGACAUCUUCACAUGCGGCAGAAGAAGCGAAAUGGCUCUCUUCUUGACUGCCCUCCACCUGAGGACCCUGCCAUAGCACAGCUUCUGAAGAAACUGCUCUCACAGGGAAUGACCGAAGAAGAGGAAGAUAAACUUUUGGCACUGAAGGACUUCAUGAUGAAAUCAAACAGAGCGAAAGCCAAUGCAGUAGACCAGAGCCAUCUCCAUGACAGCAGCCAGAAAGGUGUCAUCGACUUGGCAGCCUUAGGCAUCACUGGGAGACAAGUUGAUCUUGUUAAAACCAAACAAGAACCAGAUGAAAAGCGGGCCAGAAAACAUGUAAAACAAGACUCCAAUGUGAAUGAAGAAUGGAAAAGCAUGUUUGGGUCACUGGAACCACCGAAUAUAUCACAGGCCCUGCCUAAAACCAGUGACCACGAGGUGGGUCAGACUGGGAAGCCACCUCGCUCUGAGUCCUCUGCUGCUAUUUGUGUCCCUUUGUCAACUUCUCCACAGAUUUCGGAAGUAGCACACAUCCCCAGUAGGAAGCCAGCGAUUCAGGUUUUAAGCAGCACAGUCCUGCCGUCCACUUACCAGAUCCGGAUCACCACGUGCAAGACUGAACUUCAGCAGCUCAUACAGCAGAAGCGUGAGCAGUGCAAUGCAGAGCGCAUAGCCAAGCAGAUGAUGGAGAACGCUGAGUGGGAGAGCAAGCCACCUCCUCCAGGGUGGCGUCCUAAAGGUCUGCUAGUUGCACAUCUUCAUGAGCACAAAUCUGCUGUCAACCGAAUUAGGGUCUCUGAUGAGCACUUACUUUUUGCAACAUGUUCAAAUGAUGGCACUGUGAAAAUCUGGAACAGUCAGAAGAUGGAGGGGAAGACCACCACGACAAGGUCUAUUCUCACAUACAGCCGAAUUGGAGGGCGAGUCAAGACACUGACAUUUUGCCAGGGCUCCCACUACUUGGCCAUAGCCUCUGAUAAUGGUGCUGUCCAGCUUCUUGGAAUUGAGACUUCUAAGUUACCCAAGUCUCCUAAAAUCCAUCCUCUACAAAGCAGGCACGAGCAGCGGUACCAUGGCGUGUUGGGACAUGAGGUUCCAGUUGCCGAUCUCCAGUCACUGUCACCCCUCCAGAGCUCGCAUCCGGCGCCUCUCCAUGCACCCCUUGUACCAGUCCUGGGUAAUUGCAGCUGUUCAGGGCAAUAAUGAAGUCUCCAUGUGGGACAUGGAGACAGGUGACAGAAGAUUGACUCUCUGGGCCAGCAGUGCACCACCACUUUCCGAAUUACAGCCUUCGCCUCACAGUGUCCAUGGCAUCUACUGCAGUCCUGCAGAUGGAAAUCCUAUCCUGUUAACAGCUGGCUCAGACAUGAAAAUAAGGUUCUGGGACUUGGUUUCCCCAGAGCGGUCCUAUGUUGUAGCGGGUAGCACUAAUUCUCCAUCUGUGUCCUACUACAAGAAGAUAAUAGAAGGCACUGAAGUCGUCCAGGAAAUUCAGAAUAAGCAGAAGGUAGGACCAAGUGAUGACACUCCUCGAAGGGGCCCAGAGUCUCUUCCUGUGGGACAUCAUGACAUCAUCACAGAUAUUGCCACCUUCCAGACAACUCAGGGCUUCAUCGUGACUGCUUCUAGAGACGGGAUUGUGAAGGUGUGGAAAUAAAUCGUGUUAACUUGUAUAAAAUGUACCAUAAUUCAAGAGAAGAACAAAAGGAUUUCUAGAGAACAAACAUGGUUUUUGAAGUGUCUGUAUAAUGGGUAAACAAAUCCCAGUCACAGUGGUUAAGGAUGACAUGGAGAGUUUAUUCAUGUGCAUUUCCAAAGUUGGCCGGACAGCACAAUCUGGGAGUUCUCGCUGAACACGGAACAGGUGAGAAAUGUAAAAAGUGAAGAUGAAUAUGAUGUCAGUUUAUUUUAUAUGGAAAAUGUAAGCUAUUAUGUAAACAUACUUUUGUUAUUAUAACUGCAAGUAAAUCUAUUCAAGCAUCUUGA